AUGCCAGCAGCAUUUCCACCGCGCGUUGUACGUGGUAGGGAAGACAUCAAGUAUCUACCUUGCUGUGGUGGAUGCGCUCUCAAGGCUGCUGAUAUACGACUGUACUAUUUCAAGGAUCAAAAAGCCAUAGAUGAUUGCAGUGCACGUGGAGGUCAGCUCCCAACAUCUCUUGAGGGGCUCAACCUUACAGCCUCUGCAACGCAAGCCAUAACCCUACCACCACACGUCAGCGUUGCAGUUGUCAAAGGCCACACUCUAACAUCACCAUCCUUCUAUCUAGAGUUUCUAGGUACGGUUAGAGUUGUCGAUUGGUGUGGUCAGAUUGGCGCAGCCAGCACUAGUCCCUUCAUUGCCGUCGCUCCACAACAUCUCUCUACCGUAUAUAUUGGAAAUUAUACGAUGGGCCAAGAGGUAUCUUUCGAGAAAGCUGGUAUGUUCCGCGACGGCGGAGGAACCACCAGCCGACGUCUUGAUAUCGCGGACAUCGAGUGUCCAACAUUCGGAGUAGGCAGGUCGACCGCCGCAGAUGGGAAAAUGCACUACAUAAUAGGCCAUCCCUGGUUGCCAAUGAUCCUCCGACCAGUCGAAGUUUUGUCCUUCGAUCUAGUGUCGAGCGCCUCGUGUCAGUGGAUACCUGACGGGUGGUGGAACGCCCAAGCCGCUGCGCUUUUCGACCCUCCUCGCUCUCUUGAGCCGGGAGAGGGUCUUGUUCCUGAUCCAACGCAACCGACUGUGGCUGACACUACUCCUGUGGAUCCCCCAAGCGGCGACCCACCUGCUCAGCCCGCACAGCCUGUGACAACUGAACUGCCUGUACAGACUGGAGGACCUGGUGGACUAUCGAUAGGUAAUCCAGGUCAGUCGCCUGACCCGAAAGGUGUUUCGGAAGCCGAUCCAAAAGAUGGGCAACAGGACCCGGCCGGAAGCAUACAAGAUCCUCAGAAGUCAACUAACAUUGACGAUCCGAAUGAUAAUAACCAUGGAGACCCCAGUGGGGAGGAACACAGUUCACACACCGGGCCAGGAGCACAUAAAAGACCAGAUGAUGCCGCAAGUAGUAAUGGUAAUCCUGAAGUUGGGCCAGAGACUCAUGGAGACGAGACAAUUGAGACUGCAAACCUCGAGCCUGUCCUCACCGCUGGUGAUCAGACCUUCACAGCCAAUCCAACUAGAUUCUCAAUCGCAGGUACAACUAUUCGACCAGGCGAUCCUCCAGUCACAAUAUCAGGGACGGAGAUAGCUUUAGACCCUUCUGGGGUGCUCGUUGUUGGCAGUCAGACUUUCUCGCUAAGUCCAACAUCCCCAACAGUUUCUGGCCACCCUGUAGUCGUUGCUGGACGGACCAUCACGCCUGACGCGAGAGGCUUUACGCUACAUGGCUUGACUGUGCUACCCAGCGGAAGCGCUGUCGUUGUGGAUGGCACAAGCGUUGGUUUGGUGAGUAAUGGCGUCGUAGAUGUUGGGGGUAGUGUGACCACGCUUCCUAACCCUUAUGAGUAUGGCUUGAGCUCGACUGGUGUCUUUUCGAGCUCAGCUGGAGGUGCAGCUGAGUCGAGCGGUGGUGUCCCGGCGAAGUAUGAUACAUUCGAAGGGAAGGCGAUUGCUUUGGGAACGAAUCCCGUGAGGCUGAUUGCUAUGGUAGGAGCUUGGGUACUCUUCAUAUUUACAGGUAGCUAA